ACCCCUCGCUCUGCCCCUUACACAGCCCGUCUGACUUCUCGGCACCCCCUGGGAGGGAGCUUCCCUGGGUAGCCCCGUUUCACAGAUGGGAAAGCGGAGGCACAGCGCGAUCGGGCCCUGCCCGGCUUCCACCCUACUCUGGUUGAGUCGGGGUCUGAACUCGGGCCGUUGGUUGCCCUAAGCCCCCCUCCGGGAUCCGGCGCCGGGCGCCCCAGCCUUACAGGCCCGACCCGCGCUUGGGAGCCGCCCCUCGGCCCCCUCCCUGGCUCCUGGGGGCCGGGUCCCGUCGUUGUCACGACAACCGGGGGGCCAAUGGGAGCAGGUGGGCGGGGAGUCCCCGCCCCUUCCCCGCCCCCUUCCCCGCCCCUCUCGGAGGGCUCCGGGUUAUAAGGGCUGGAGGCCGAGCGGCGGGAGCUGGAGCCCGCGGAGCCCACGGAGCCCACGGAGCCCACGGAGGAGCCCCAGCGUCCGAACGGGCAGAGCCCCCGAGCCGCGAAGGAGCCCGAGAAGCAGCCACGAUGUGCGGAAUCUUUGCCUACAUGAACUACAGAGUCCCCCGGACGAGGAAGGAGAUCUUCGAAACCCUCAUCAAGGGCCUGCAGCGGCUGGAGUACAGAGGCUACGACUCGGCAGGUGUGGCGAUCGAUGGGAAUAAUCACGAAGUCAAAGAAAGACACAUUCAGCUGGUCAAGAAAAGGGGGAAAGUCAAGGCUCUCGAUGAAGAACUUUACAAACAAGACAGCAUGGACUUAAAAGUGGAGUUUGAGACACACUUCGGCAUUGCCCACACGCGCUGGGCCACCCACGGGGUCCCCAGUGCUGUCAACAGCCACCCCCAGCGCUCGGACAAAGGCAACGAAUUUGUUGUCAUCCACAAUGGGAUCAUCACAAAUUACAAAGAUCUGAGGAAAUUUCUGGAAAGCAAAGGCUACGAGUUUGAGUCAGAAACAGAUACAGAGACCAUCGCCAAGCUGAUUAAAUAUGUAUUCGACAACAGAGAAACUGAGGACAUUACGUUUUCAACGUUGGUGGAGAGAGUCAUUCAGCAGUUGGAAGGUGCAUUCGCGCUGGUUUUCAAGAGCAUCCACUACCCAGGAGAAGCCGUUGCCACACGGAGAGGCAGCCCCCUGCUCAUCGGAGUCCGGAGCAAAUACAAGCUCUCCACAGAACAGAUCCCUAUCUUAUACAGGACGUGCACUCUGGAGAAUGUGAAGAAUAUCUGUAAGACACGGAUGAAGAGGCUGGACAGCUCCGCCUGCCUGCAUGCUGUGGGCGACAAGGCCGUGGAAUUCUUCUUUGCUUCUGAUGCAAGCGCUAUCAUAGAGCACACCAACCGGGUCAUCUUCCUGGAGGACGAUGACAUCGCCGCAGUGGCUGAUGGGAAACUCUCCAUUCACCGGGUCAAGCGCUCGGCUAGUGAUGACCCAUCUCGAGCCAUCCAGACCUUGCAGAUGGAACUGCAGCAAAUCAUGAAAGGUAACUUCAGUGCAUUUAUGCAGAAGGAGAUCUUCGAGCAGCCAGAAUCAGUUUUCAAUACUAUGAGAGGUCGGGUGAAUUUUGAAACCAACACAGUGCUCCUGGGUGGCUUGAAGGACCACUUGAAGGAGAUUCGACGAUGCCGACGGCUCAUCGUGAUUGGCUGUGGAACCAGCUACCACGCUGCCGUGGCUACGCGGCAAGUUUUGGAGGAACUGACUGAGCUUCCUGUGAUGGUUGAACUUGCUAGUGAUUUUCUGGACAGGAACACACCUGUGUUCAGGGAUGACGUUUGCUUUUUCAUCAGCCAGUCAGGCGAGACCGCGGACACCCUCUUGGCGCUGCGCUACUGUAAGGACCGCGGCGCCCUGACCGUGGGCGUCACCAACACCGUGGGCAGCUCCAUCUCUCGCGAGACCGACUGCGGCGUCCACAUCAACGCGGGGCCGGAGAUUGGCGUGGCCAGCACCAAGGCUUAUACCAGUCAGUUCAUCUCUCUGGUGAUGUUUGGUUUGAUGAUGUCUGAAGACCGAAUUUCACUACAAAACAGGAGGCAAGAGAUCAUCCGUGGCUUGAGAUCUUUACCUGAGCUGAUCAAGGAAGUGCUGUCGCUGGAGGAGAAGAUCCACGACUUGGCCCUGGAGCUCUACACGCAGAGGUCGCUGCUGGUGAUGGGGCGGGGCUACAACUACGCCACCUGCCUGGAAGGAGCCCUGAAAAUUAAAGAGAUAACCUACAUGCACUCAGAAGGCAUCCUGGCUGGGGAGCUGAAGCACGGGCCCCUGGCACUGAUUGACAAGCAGAUGCCCGUCAUCAUGGUCAUUAUGAAGGAUCCUUGCUUCGCCAAAUGCCAGAAUGCCCUGCAGCAAGUCACGGCCCGCCAGGGUCGCCCCAUUAUACUGUGCUCCAAGGACGAUACUGAAAGUUCCAAGUUUGCGUAUAAGACAAUCGAGCUGCCCCACACUGUGGACUGCCUCCAGGGCAUCCUGAGCGUGAUUCCGCUGCAGCUGCUGUCCUUCCACCUGGCUGUUCUCCGAGGAUAUGACGUUGACUUCCCCAGAAAUCUGGCCAAGUCUGUAACUGUGGAAUGAGGCUGAGACUGUGACAAGACCAUCACCACCUUUCAUCUGAUUCCAGACCUGUCCCAACAGCAGGGAUGCUACAUGGGAAGAGAAGUGGGCAUCCCACAUGUUCUGCGUGCUCCUGUAGAGUUUGACAGCUUCCACGUGCCUUCUACCCAAGUGCUUUUGCUUACAGCAGAUACUGUUUCUCUGUGUCCUGAAGUCACCAGAGGAGAAGGGAAUCAUUGUUUACACACGGGGAUCAGAGCAGACUUCUCCACUACUGUGCAAUAGAGAUACAGCUCUCUUCAGAGUAACUGUGAACCUUUUAUAACCAACACUAGAGUUAGUUUUAAAAGACAAGAUAUUUAUAAUGACGAUUGUAUAGCUUUUAAGUUAUUUUUCUAGUAUGUGGCUUUCUGUAGCCGUGGUAACGGCCAAACUGUUCAUCCUAACUACCCAUGCUCUGUGUCCAGGCUUGCUUCUGGCAGGUGGCAUUCAUCUCAGAUGUGAGCACAAAGCAUUGGCCCUCUGGACUCCUUUCUCCUUUUCUUUCCUCUCUAGGCUGCUCCUGAAUCCUGUUCCCUGACAUCCGUGGAGCCCCUCCUGCAUCCACCUAUGCCUCCUAUAAGUCCAGUUGAAAUCUCAUCCUCCUUCAACAUUUUCUUCUCGUGUGUGGCCCAAAUCCCUCCACUUCUCCAACUUCUGUUUAAUCUGAUCACGGCUCUUUUUAAGCCCAGGCAGCAUUUUGGUCCCUGCUCCUUGCCCAUAGUAAAACAGCUUGAAAUAUCCCAUGCAAGAGAGUAGUUUCAAGUGGGCAACUCUGCUCUCUAUUUAAAAGCGUGCACAAUCAAAGUACUAUGCAAUUUUAGGACAAUAAAGAACAUACAGGUU